AUUUUUUGUUGUUGUUACUUAUUAAAAUAUGAUGAAAGAUAAUUGAGAAAUGUUAAUUAUUGAACAGCACUUUAUUAUCAAGCAACGUUUUUAGUGGUAAAUAUGGUGAAAAAGUUCACAAGAAGUUCAAAAGUGCACGUAUUCAGUAUUAAUGAUUGUAUUUUAAACAAUGGAGCGUAAGCAGAUUAUUCAUUUGACAUAUAGGCUUUGUGGAAGGAUCAUCUUUCCAGAGUUGAUGGUAUAUAACUGUUUGCUCGGCCAUUGCAUUCGUAAAACGUAAAUCAUGUCAGACAACAGUUCCAGUUCUUGUCCAGCUAUUGACUAUUCAAGUUUGACAUGGAAGUUAAACGUAGUUUACAUGAUGGGAUUUUCUUUCCUUAUAUUCUUUGGUUUGGUUGGAAAUUCUCUUUCUAUGUACGUUUGGAGAUCUCGUUUCUUCAGAGAAGUACCAACAUCGAUAGCAAUGACUUCCUUGGCGGCAUCGGACCUUUUAGCUUUGCUUAUAGGUGGUCUAAGGCAGCUUGCAAUAUCAAUUUCUGGGAAAGACAUUCGUACCAGUUCGUCAGCCAUGUGCAAGAUAAACGUUUUCUUGCUGUAUUGGUUCUUACAAUCAUCUGCUUGGUUAAUUGUACUUAUAACUUGGAUGAGAGCUCUAAGCUUACUAUAUCCCUUAAAGGCAAAAUUGUGGAUGACGAAGAAGGCAGAGAGGAUUGCAGUGGGUGUAGUUUUCUUAUUUUCAUUCUGUCUUAACGCUUUCCUCCUCGUGGGAAUAACCAAAGGAUCAUUCCAAGGUACUGUUACCUGCUACGCAAAGAGUCAAAAAUACCUAGAUUCAAAAAAGAUCAUUGAUGAAGUUAUAGGAAGUUUUCUACCAUUCGCUCUUAUAUUUGUUGGUAACAUUUUGAUCAUUAUUCAAUACAAUCGAUUUUCGAAACAACGCUCUUCUCUAACCAACAAUACUUCGGAGGGAGACAACUUUCUAUCGACAACAGUAAUGUUUAUUUUCAUCAGCUUUACUUUCCUGAUCACAACAGCACCAACACUGAUUUUAUUAAGAGAAAGUGAUAAUAUUAAAGCCGCUAUUGGUAUUGAAAAGGAGAAUAUACUCUGGCAUUCUUUCCAGCUUGUUUUCUAUGCCAAUUUCGUUCUUAAUUUCUAUCUAUAUUGCCUAUCUGGAAGAUCAUUUAGAAUUGCUACUUUCAAAUUACUUGCACCAAUGGAAAUCCUUCAAUCAAUCGAAAAGAGUAAAACUAAGAAGUCUUCAACCGAUACCAUACCGUAAAAUGCCUCAAUUCUGUCCAAUGAACAGGGGAGAUGAUGGAAGACAAGACUGUAAAAUAGAAUACUAUACCAAAAUGAAUGAAUUGAUUCUAAUUUCAUUGUAGUUAUGUUCUAUUAGACUAGUUUUAUUAUAUUUCUGCUAUGAUGCGAAAUUUGUAGUAAUUAUUCACGAUUUGUCGUAAAUAAAUAAAGUAGAGUAAGU